GGACUUUGAUCAGGACUCAGUCCUUGAUAAUAUUAUUAAUAUUGCGGUCAUGCAUGGUUGGCGUAAAUUAGCCAAUCAGGAAUUGAAUAAAAAGGAGUGCCGACUCCUAAAUACGUUAAAAGUUUUGGAUCCUAUCAUUUAUUCACGUGAUGAAGAUCUCACGCCGUCAGAUUGGGAUAUUAUCAGAUUCCUCAAUGAAUGUAACCUAGAACCUUAUACGAAAAAAAUAGAUUGUUAUUUAAAGUCUCUUUUGGUUAUUUCCAACACAGAAGAUGGUCAAAGGCGUUUAAAAGCACAGGAACUCCUCGAUCUUUACAAGCAGGAAAGUAUUUUUACAAAAAUAAGUGGCGUGAUGGAGGGAACCAGACCAGAUAAAAGAAGAGCACGAAAAUGGGAAAAUGAACGUUCGAAUAAGCAGGUCCAUAUUCAUCAACCAAUUAGUGGGGAUAUAAAUAGUAUAAAUGGGACUGUUAUAAAUGGUGGUGCAUUGCAUGGUGGAGUGUUGCAUGAUCAAAAGAGAACAAAAGAGCUGAGAGAAAGGAAAAAGCGAGUUUAUUGUGACGAAAACUCGAACCCAGAUACUAUAACAGAAUCCUCAGACAUCAAAACAAAUUCAUCAGAUUAUUCAAGGCCUAAGAAGGUAAAAAAACAAUCCCAGCCUUUGGAAAGCAACAAUGACAAUCCUUUAAUAGCCCAGAAACAUGAUAGCGAUAGUGAUGAAGAGUUGGCUGAUACGCUAGAGCAGGACACACUAGGUUACGAUGGAUUAGCAUUACUUUUCAAUGAUUCAAAUGAAGAUUCAAUUAUGGAAAAAAUCGACGAAAAUACUCAUGAGGAAGAAAAUAAAUUGCCACUAGCGAGUGAUGAUAAGGAUCCAUCCAAACUUAUACGUGAAGACGUGUUGAAUGCGUUUCGAAAAUACCAAAACAAAAUCCCUAAAACUCGCAAAGUAUUCACCCCUGCAUAUUGGGGAGUGCUUGAUCUAACUAGAGAAAGUCUAUCUGGAUGUAAAGAAAUUACCGAGAACGACUUACAACAAUUAUCUCAAGAUUUUGCUAAUCAUGUUAAAUGGAAAUGUGAACCUGCCCCAACAAGCAUCCAGAAUUACUUUCACAAUCAUUGUGAAAAACUUGACAAUAGCGAUGAAAACAAAUAUUUCGACACAAAUAUACAAUUUUUGUAG